AUGGCAUUGCUCUACAUCAAGAAUGUCUUCUUCCCGGCAAACAAACAACCCGCCUUAUUACCUGCGUUUAACAAGCAACAGCAAUAUGGCGCUUGCGACACUGCAUCAGAGAUCUCUCAAAGUGGUUCUGAUUCGUCAACAUUGAGGAAUGAUACAGGAAGUCACUCGUCCUCGUUCCGAAUCGACCCUCGCAUCAUCUCGGACGCCACUAUUGGUCUCUCAGAUGGUUUAACGGUUCCUUUUGCGCUUUGUUCUGGCCUCUCUGCACUCGGCGACACUAACCUCGUGAUCUAUGCUGGUCUGGCUGAGCUUUGCGCGGGUGCCCUCUCGAUGGGAUUGGGAGGUUAUCUCGGUGGUANNCAAUCUUAUGCAGCCACAUUAGCAGAAACGCAGAAAAUCGUGAACCAGGACCCGGACGAAGCCAAUCAGAUCAUCAAGUCAACUUUCGACUCGUACGGUCUCUCGGAGGACGUUCUGGACGCUUUCGCUACACAAAUCAGCUCAUGCCCGAAACGAUCAGAGAGUUUUAUCAUGCGCUUCCACCAUGAGCUUCCGGAAUCUCAGGCAGAUGCCUCUCGCGCUUAUAUCUCAGCUUUUACCAUCGCACUCGGCUAUUUCCUUGGAGGACUGGUGCCUCUUACACCUUACUUCUUCGUGAACAACAAUCAGACUGCUCUUUGCUGGAGCAUCGGUGUCAUGGCUUUCGCACUGUUUGUCUUUGGCUACGUCAAGACUCUCCUGGUCGGUGAACAANAAAGACUGCUUUGCAUCAAAGCAGGAGUCGAGAUGAUGGUUCUUGGUGGCGUUGCAGCUGCGGCGGCAAUGGGAUGUGUCAAGGCCAUAGGAUCAUGA